CUUCAAUAUCCUUAAAUACUUGGGAGGACAGAAAUUUCUUAUUAGUACUGUUGCAAAAACAGUUGGCAGUAAACCAUAAAAAGAAGAUAUGAUUCCAAAACGUGAACCUUACACUACAAUUUUCAAAGUAUUAACUUUUCUUGGAUUUUGGAAUGAAAUUCCAAAGUGGCAGAAGAGGAUUGCUAUAGUUGUGAUGUUCUUUAGUUCAAUUGGAUACUGCACGAUUAUUUUGCUGUCUCUUUUGCAAGCUAAGGAUCUCAAUGAUGCACUAGAAGGCAUCAGGGUUAUUCCAAUACUUUUAACGAUUGCAAUUUCCAUUAACGAUUUUAUUCUUAAGAAGUCUAAGGUUCGAGGACUAUUAGAGCUAAUGGAAGAAAUCGAAGAGGAACAUCCAGAAUCAAAGUCAUAUUUCGAUGAAGCUUUUGGUUUUAUUAAGAAAAUUUUUGCGGUGGAAACUAUAUUUAUUGUCAUAAUCUACAUUUCAUACUUCUUGUCACCGUUAAUAAUUAAAAAGCUGAUGUUUCCUGCUUAUAUACCCAAAAUAUUUGAAGAUUACAGAGCAACUUUCUAUGUCUAUUGGAUUUAUGAAAGUUUCUGUGGAUUUUAUACAGCAGCUUUACACCUACCAGUCCAUGAAUUUCGGUGCAGCUUGUUGAUUGUUUUGAACAGCUACAUGAAGUUCUUUCGCAAAACAUUGAAUGACUUACAAGCCACAAUGGAUAAUUACGAAGAUUCUAAGGAACGACUUGCAAGCUGUGUAAAGAUUCAUCUCCAGAUGAAGAAGUUCAUGAAAAUGUACAUGGAAAUAUUUUCACUACAGCUCUCAACUUUGCUUUUUCUAACUUCCUUCUGCGUCUGUUCAAACACGUUCAUAAUUGCUACUUUUGGAUCGACUGCUGGAUUAAAUGCAAACAUAUUUUCAAUCUUCUACGAGAUCUUUGUCUUUUUUCUGAUUCUCGUUCCAUGCUUUUAUGCAAACACUAUUCAAUAUCAAAGUGAUAGUUUCUUGGACGAUUUGUAUAUGAGUGAUUGGAUUGAAUCUGGCAUUAAAUAUCGAAAGUUGGUGCUGUUUUUCAUGGAAAAUUUGAAGAAAAAAAUUGUUUUUAAGGUUUUAGGAUUCGUUGAAAUUGAUUUGCUGCUUUUUGUACAGAUCAUCAAGGUCGUUUAUUCAAUGUAUGCUGUCCUUCAAAGUCUUAAGGAUUAA